GGAAAGGGAAUGGGGGGGGGAAAGAAAACAAAACACCCAGAAUGUUGUGUUCAGCAUCACCCAAAAACUACAGCCGAGCUGGGAUCAGCCCCAGGGCUCCCAAGUGGCAGCCUCGUGCUGUAACCAUUGGGUUACAUGGGAAUGAUCUGAUCCCUGUAAUCCCUUUGGAUCGCUCCAGACCAGCUAAGGUACCACGCAGAUGACACUUAUUUAUCAGUUUUCAGCUGGUUUCUGUUGAUGGGGUGGGCAUCCGUUCUGGAACACCGGGGUCGUGUGGCAGCCUGCGUUGUGCUUUGGAAAUGGGGCUUUGUGCACCGAAGGCAUUGCACGAGGGCUCUCCCAGCUGAGCUGCCGUGUAUUUGGGGCCGGGGACAGCAUGCCUGCAGCAUUAUUAAUGCCGAUUAAAAAAUAAUGGCAGGGCAACUGAUUGAGUGUAGUCCCAUAAAGCCUCAGUGCUGCCGUCCUCUCUCCACGGGGUCCUGCAGGAAGCGAGCUCCCAGGUGAGCAGUGAGGGUCCAGCUCAGCACAGGGUGCGCAGUGGCCGGGUGCAUCUUCGUUUUCGUAAGGCUCACCGCAGAAAUGCUGGACUUUUUUGGUCAUCAGAAGUCCCAUGAGACUUCUUGUUAGGGAAGGGAGUUCCACUUGUGGUUUCCUCCUGCAGGUCUGUGAGCCUACAUCAGCUCCUUUGGCCUCAGCUGGGGUUUUCCUUUUCCUUGAUGCCCAUCCUCAGCUCUUGCUGCCCAUUGUCAGGCACUGCCACGUCCCCAGAGGUGUCUGCCUUUUGCUUCCCUGUUAAGUCACUUUUUAUCUGCCAUCUGGGGGUGUUGCAGAGCUUACCUAGCUAUUAGCAAAGCUCUGGGAUGGGAAAACAUUAAAUCUGGGUGAAGGGAUUACUGCAGUCAUUAAAUACACGAUAUAUUUCUCACUCCUCUGGUGUGCCCAGAGCCCACUCCAUAUGGCCAGCGAGCGGAGGGCACUGCAGGAGAAUGAGCAUUUGGGAUUACUGCAGAGGUAACAGAGGAAGAGUGCAGCAGCACGGAUGUGUGCUGCCAGGGAAGGGUUCCAAGCGGGAUGCAAAGGUCUGAGCCCUCCUCCAGUGUAGCAGUAGGGAUGGAGAACCUGUCUGAUAGGAACAGAUUAAAAGGGAUUUGGCUUCUCCUGGCCGAAAAAGAGAAGGCUGUUAGGCAUACCCUCCAUGAGUACUAUGAGUACUUCUGGGAGGCAGAAGUGAUAGUGGGCAAACUGGGAGCGACAUUCCAGGCUAACAGCAAAUGGAUGAACUUGUUGGUAGGAAACUGGGAGGUGAAGUUGCUGGGGAGAACGUGGGGGUAGUCUCCUAAGACUAAGGAAAAACUGAGAAGGGGGUGGAAGGGACAAAACUGCUAUCUGCCUGCUGUGCUUGUUUGUACUGCACUUAAUUAGUACUGUGCUGCAGAGCUUCCAAGUCUUCUUCCCUAUGAAGCAUUUGUGCCUAAUGCCCAACCUGAACCUCCCAACCUGCGAUUGUGGUCGUUGCUGCCUGCUCUAUCAUCUGGCACUAACGAGAGAUAUUUCUCUGCCUGGAACAGAAGCUCCUCUCCUCCACCCAGCAGCUCCCUGCUGCAUUUGCCCGCUCUCUGAACUCCGAGUGAGACAGCAGAACCCAGGGAGCAGAGAUUCCCUUCAUGAUGCUUAAUGGAUGCCAUAAAACAUGGCUGUCGUCCAAGGGAUGGGCUACUCUGUGCUUCAGUUCCCACUGCUGGAAAACAGAUGGAUCCCAGCAGCAUCCUCCUGCACCUCGGGGCAGGGCUGGACCUGGCGCUCCCAGGGCUGAAGGUGGGAGAGCAGAGCGCUGGGCAGGGGCUUCCCCUGGCUCGUGUGGGUCCUCCAUUGUUGCCCUGACAAAGGCAGCCCUGUUCCUCCCCACAACUAUUCCUUGUCAGCAUCCCUCAGCAUUUCGGCUGCAGAUUUCCUGCCCGCUGGCAGCCUUUCAAGAGGCAGCCUGGGCACAGAACGUGGAUGGAAAGCGGAUGAGAGGGGCAGCUCUGCGUGGUGGGGCUGAGUAGGGUCGUGGUGGCUGUAGAAGUGGCCCAGAUGGUUCCCUCCAGAUCCCUCUGUCCUGCAUCAAAGCAGCAGGAACAUGGGCUGGGUCCCUACACCAGAGUUGGCUGGGAGCCCAGGUCUGAAGCCAACUUAGAAUCAUGGAAUCAUUAAGGCUGGAAAAGACCGCUAAGACCAUCAAGUCCAACCGCCAACCCAUCACCACUGUGACUUGAGGUCUUCCAUGGCCAAGGCUGGAGCCAUGACCACCAUGCUUGCAGCUUGCUGCCCCUUUCCAUGCCUGAGAAGCUGCAGCAGCACGGGGGAUGCUGUGUCUCUGGGCUGUUGCUGGCCUGUUUGAUGCUGAUUCUACGCCGUGCUUUGUUUCAUAGCAUGGAUUGGCCAUGGCUGGUGUGUGCACGAAUCGCGGUCAUGGGGGCAUCAGCGCUACCAAAUUUCAUGGGGGGGAUGCUUGAUAGCCCCUCUGAGGAGUGCAGCCCAUGCCAUGCUGCUGGGGACACAGCGUCUUCUUGGGAUGGAGAGGGAGGGGGCCUUGAUCCCUCCCCCCCUGCUGUGCUUGGUCUUUGGGAAAGCCUCUGGCCAUGGCACAGUGAUCCCAGCAGUAAACACUGACUUCACAGGGCCGCUAAUGGGAACCAUAUGGCAGAGAGGGGCCUCUCGCCCUUCGCAGUCACGCUGCUUUCCUGGGCCGGAAAGCCAUCGUCAGCUUUCAGAGAGGCUCUCAGCCAGCAGCGGGCUGCUCGGGGCUGGGGGCCCGGUGAGAUGGGGCUGGUGGGCAGUGAGUGCAGCACUGCUGGGCAGGAGAAGGGGGAAAUGCCAUGUGCUGGAGGCAGGUCGUGGUCAGGGGAGGAUGCGGUCCUCCAUUGAGUUGGGGAAUUUCCACUCCAGAUGCUUCCCUGUCCUUACAUCUGUCCCCAGGGUCAGGUGAGAGGGGACAGGAGAGGCUGUGAGACAAAUGCUUUGUGACCCAGCAGCUUCUGGGCUGAACACUGCCUUCCUCAGCUCAAAGAGCUCCUUGGUCAGUGCUAAAAGAGAACACUCCUCCCGUUGUUUUCCCAUGGCAGCAAGCACACGUGCCCUGCAGGUGAGCUCCGGCCCCAAGGUCCUGGGCCAAAGACAGCUUGCUGUGGUCACCAAGGAGUCCCCCGAGCCAGGCUGGAUGGCAGUUUGGGCAUUGAGUGCAUCCUGCUGGAUUCAGUGCCACUGGGAUCCAGCUCUGUGCCUGCCAUGCUGUGGCCACACAGCCGCUGUCAGAGGCUGCUGCACCUCCUUGGGCUCAAGUCCAGAUCCCUGGGAGGGCCAUCAGAUGCUCCAAGGAAGGGCAGGAAGAGUGAAAGCUGCAGCGUGUGCAGGGUGAAGGGGUCCUUGUCCCAUCCUGAGCUGUAUGAUGAGAAGAAGUUCAAUGCUCAGUCCUCAUCUUCCUGGGCUGCGUAGAUGGCGAAGGAGCUUAGGAACAGGGAUCUGGAGAAAUCAAGGCUAGCAGCUGUGGUGCCAGCAUCCACCAUGGAGGCCUGGGCUGGGCUUCCUUGCUUUGUCACAGUCAUCAUCUGUGGUCUUCAUGAAAUCAGCAAGCCCUUCCAGCACUAGCAAUCCUAACAUCAAUGUGGCAACGUGUCCUUAAGCAAAGCCUGUGCCACGGGGGUUCCUCUGCACACAGAAAUGUGUGUUUACUGCUUUGGGCUCAAAUCCCCCCUGUGCAGGCUAAUGCCUCCUUGAAACAGCGAUGACUGCAGCUGGAAGCCUCUUAGAAACACUCCUGUGGUCUCUAACGCGCUCUGUUUCCCUUAUCGCUUCAGCACACCCUUCCCCUUUGAGAUUUCUACUGCUGUCCUUGGGCAGGAAGGACAUUUAGCAACAUCUACUCGUGUCAGUAGGGCAGCUACACCAAAGGGACCUCUCUUACUUGAGACAAAGACUGGGAGAGUGCGGGCACGGGGCUGCAGAAGGGUGUUGCAAGAGGACCACCUCCGACACCUCCCCGAGAACAUCAGCCCACAGACUCCAAGCUCAGGGUUAAACCAACGGAGGAGGGGACGGAACCAUGUUCCAGGCCUCGGAAGCCGCCAGCACAACCCCGACUCAUGAGGCAAAGAGCAACUCAGGAGGCAGCACAGUGCAGCGCUCCAAGUCCUUCAGCCUGAAGGCGCAAGUGAAGGAGAUGUGCACUGCCUGCCAGAAAACGGUGUAUCCCAUGGAGCGGCUGGUGGCGGAUAAAUUCGUCUUCCACAACUCCUGCUUCUGCUGCAAGCACUGCCACGCCAAGCUCAGCCUGGGCAGCUACGCGGCGCUCCACGGGGAAUUCUACUGCAAGCCCCACUUCCAGCAGCUCUUCAAGAGUAAAGGCAACUACGACGAGGGCUUUGGGCGCAAGCAGCACAAGGAGCUGUGGGUGCACAAGGAAGUGGAGAGCGGGACCAAGUCGGCAUGAGCAGGGCACGGCCCACCCUUCCCUGGAGCCCAGCGGAGACAGCACGGAGCAGUGCUGAGCCGGUGCUGACUGAGCUGAUGUAAAGCAAAGGGGACCCAAGCAGUAGGGAAUGGAGGCAGCCUGGCCCUCCUUGGGGCCUCUGGAGGAUGUCUAUAGAGGGGUCCUACAGACUGUAAGGACGGGGCAGAGGUGAGCGGGGUGCAGACCCCAAACCCGGAGCCCUCUCUCCCUGAUGAGAUCAGACCAGAAGUGCUUGCCCCCUGUGAAAUCCCAGCCCUGUGCACACAUUCCAGGCCUGCUGCCAUGAGAAAGGAGAUCUAAGGGCUCUGAGAGCCCCAACCCAGCCUGUAAGUCAGAGCAGAGCUCCCGGCACCAAUCCUGCCUUGCUGGGGCUCUGAAUAAGGAGGGUCUUUGGUUUACAUCAGCUCAGUUCAGUUGGGAUUGUUCAGCCUUAAGGAUGUUGCCCUGCGACUGUUUAACAGUGUCUGUCUUUUUUAUAUUUGCCUUCCAUUGGUACGUUCUGCGCUGGAGCCGGGCGCAGCGGCUCCACGCGUGACACCGCGCCAUGCGCUCUUUUAUUUUUGUAAUACAAGGUUUCCAAGCCUUCUC